AUGGGACUUGUCAAGGUUUCUGAGCUUUCAGAUUACUGGCUCACAACUUUUCCUUUUUACGGGUUGUGGGCCAGUAGGUUUAUGUAUCGCAGCCGUUUUGACGCGAACCCAUCGGUCCUACAGAUAAAAAAUCUUCUAACUGAUAAGGACCGAAAGGCUGACCCAUUGAGAAAAGUUCGUACAGUAUACGACGAAUUACGUAGAAAUUUUCUUGAAUAUGGUCAGCCUCAAGCCCGUGUCUCACUUCGCGAGCGCAUGGUAAAAGCGAAAGUCCGUUUUGCUUUUAGGCAAUACAUCAAAAACAAACCAGUCAAGUGGGGUGUGAAAUUGUAUUGUGUAUGCGAUUCUAUUUCUGACUACACAUAUAACUUCGAUAUUUACACGGGCAAGGAGCGGCAAUUAUCUGUGGCGGCGACAGCGGGAACAACAAUAUCACAAGCAGCAACAACAGCAGCUGCAACCACAACACCAUCAGCUGGCUCAGUUCGAAAACGACGGAAGACAACAUGUCACUCAGCAGGUGACACAAGUGUGAUCCAUCGUACAGUCAUGCGAAUUAUGGAUCCUCUCCUUGAUCAGGGGUACACUGUGUACACUGAUCAAUUCUAUACAUCAAGACCUCUGUUCAAGGCGCUCAAUGAUUGGCGUAAAAUGGCCUGUGGUACAGUCCAGAAAAACAGAAAAGGGGUUCCUGCAGAGCUAAAGAAUAUUCGAGUGUUUUCGAAGUUACCACGAGGUUUGUUUAUUUUGUUAUGUUAUGAACGUGAUGGUCCACUCUGUACUAUUCAAUGGGUGGACCAUAACGUGUUAUAG